AUGUGUCACCAUCAUACCAGCGAGACUUCGAAAUCCAACGAUAAAGUUUGGCAUCCAGAUGAUACUGCUCAGCCCACACCGAAGAAGCCGAAUUCGAGUGAGAUCUAUCGGUCCGACAUCCUAGAAACUAUCGAGGAGAGGAUCAAAGAAUUAGAUUCAGAAUUACGGGCACUGAGCUUGGAUAUCCAUGCCCAUCCAGAACUCGGUUAUCAAGAAUUCUAUGCUCACGAUGUCUACACUAAACUGAUGGUGAAGCAUGGCUUCGAAGUUACGAGACAGUAUCUCCUGCCAACGGCCUGGAAAGCAGUGUUUACCCAUGGACAAGGCGGACGGACUAUCGGAGUAAAUUCAGAGAUGGAUGCACUUAAGGGUAUCGGACACGCUUGUGGACACAAUCUCAUUGGAAUGUCAGGUGUUGCUGUUGCAUUAGCCUUGAGAGCCGCAAUGGAAAAACACGACAUUCCUGGCAAGAUUGUUCUCCUCGGUACACCAGCGGAAGAAGGGGGAUCGGGCAAGGUCGUUCUCCUCGAAAAGGGUGGUUAUGACAGCAUGGAUGUCUGCCUGAUGUGUCAUCCAGCCCCUGGUCCCAUAGGGUCAGUUAGCUUGAGCAGUUGCCUUGCUCUUCAGAGAAUUACUGUCGAGUACAAGGGUCACACAGCGCAUGCUGCCCUCUCACCCUGGGAAGGAAAGAACGCCCUUGAUGCGGCCGUUCUGGGCUACAACAACAUAUCGGCCCUUCGCCAACAGCUCAGACCCACACAUCGAGUCCACGGCAUUUUCGAAGGCAAAGACUGGGCACCUAAUAUCAUCCCUGAUUAUGCCAAAUUCAUCUGUUAUGUCCGAGCUCCGACACGAUCAGAAAUGCAGGCGACGGUCAAGCAUGUUACGCCUUGCUUCGAAGCUGCUGCCCUUGCUACUGGGUGUGAAGUAACUAUCGUUCUCGAGCAAGGCUCGACGUUUGAUUUGCGCCAAAACGAGGCCCUUGGUGGAGAAGUUGCAAAUAUCGUCUUGAACAAGUAUGGUGCGAUCGACUUUGAAUGGGGUAUUAAGAGUGCCUCGACGGAUUUCGGCAAUGUCACAUACGCCCUUCCGUCUCUCCACCCAGGAUUCGCCAUUCCGACCAUCCUUGACGGAGGUAACCAUACGCCUGGCUUCGAGCAAGCCGCAGCAACAAUUAGAGCACACCACGCCUGUCUCGAUGUUUCAAAAGCCCUCGCUGCUACCGGAAUCCGUGUUCUAACUGAUGAUUCGUUCUUCGCCAAGGUCCAGGAAACCUUCAAGGAGGACGAAAAACGCCGAUGA